AUGAUUCUACGGCGAUUAAUCCUGGCGCUGCAAGCCCUAGCAAUGCGAACAGCCAAGUCACCAGACUUUUCUUUCAUCUCGCUGCUUCGCAGCAAGCGCCUGUCGUUCUAUGUCGCCCUCUCCAGCAUUAGCGGCUUCCUCAUCCUUUCCUUCCUCGUCUCUUCACCCACAUACGGUCGCUUACGCUUCCAAUAUGAUUCAUUCAUCUCGCUUUCGGCGGUUAGUAGCAGCAACCCAGCAGCCAUGGCGGCUGGGACGAUGUCGAUCGGAGAGCUCACAGAAGACGGAUACUUCCCGCCAUGUCCGUCCAACUGGACUCACCACAUCCCGUGCUACGAUCCAAACAUCGCCGUCCACUUUCCCUUCGCAGACAACGUUUUCCGCGAGCGACACUGCCCGCCUCCUUCAGCCCGCCCGCGCUGCUUGAUUCCCCCUCCCCCCGGCUACCAGCGCGCGCCCCCCUGGCCGGAUAGCCUAUGGAGCGUGUGGCGGAACAACGUACCGCACUCUAAGAUGCUCAAGGACCCGCGGAACGUCCUGUGGAUGGAGCUACGUGGCAACACAUGGCAUUUCCCGCACGCUUUGACAGCUAUGCCCGAAGCGGACGGCGCGGAGCGGUACGUGGCGCAGCUGCGCAACUUCAUUCCGUUCGGGUCGCGCCUGCGCACGGCUCUCGACAUCGGCGCGGGGGUGGGGGGAUUCGCGGUGGAGCUGCUGCGCCAGGGCAUGAUCACUGUGUCGCUCGGCCCGCGCGACGGGUUCCGCGGGCAGGCGCAGUUUGCGCUCGAGCGCGGGCUGCCCGCGCUGGUGGGCAUCCUGGCGACGAUGCGCCUGCCGUUCCCGUCGCUCGCGUUCGACCUCGUGCACUGCUCGCACUGCCAGGUCCCCUUCGGCCUCCCCAACGGCACGCACCUGUUCGAGGUGGACCGCGUGCUGCGCGCGGGGGGCUUCUUCGUGCUGGCGGGGCCGCCCGUGCGCUGGCCGGGCAGGGCGGCUGAGUGGCGCACGCUGCGCGAUAAGGCGCGCGCGCUGUGCUGGCGGCUGGUGCUGGUGGUGCCGCACGUAGCCAUCUGGCGGAAGAGCAGGGGGGUUGAGGUGGCGGGCGGAAGCGGGGGAAGCGGGGGGGAAAGAAGAUGGUGUCCUGGAGCCAAGGAAUAUAGAGAGGCGGAACAAGAGGGGGGCGGAACGGGGGAGAGGGAGAAGGAGGGAGGCAGUGAAAGGGAGGAGGUAGAGGAUUCGCAGGAGGGAGGGGCAGAGAGAAAGGAGGGAGGGGCGGAGAGAGAGGAGGAAGAGGCAGAGAGGGAGGAAGGAGGUGGGGAGAGGGCGGAAGGAGGGGCGGAGAGGGAGGAGUUAGGGAGUGAUGUAACAGGCGAGGAGGAGGGAGAGGAGAAGCGGGAGGAGGAGGGAGAGGAGAAGCGGGAGGAGGAGGGAGAGGAGAAGCGGGAGGAGGAGGGAGAGGAGAAGCGAGAGGAGGAGGCGGGCGGAGGGGAGGGCGAGAUGGGCGCGGAAGUGUGUGCGGCGGACGACCAGCCCGACGCCGUGUGGUGCGUGCCCCUGCUGCCACCGCCUGCCACUGCCUGCCAUGCCGCCGCCCUACCCCCCACCCGCCCCACUGCGAUCAUGCACGCUGCACCUCCACCCUCGCCCCGCGCCCACCCUACUAGCCCCCCUUCCUCAACGACUCCUAUCUGCUUUCUCCUUUUCCUCGGCCCUCCUUCCCAACCCACCCCCUUCAGGUACUCCCCCUUGCAGCCUUGCGCCAUCCGCCCUCCCCCCUCCGCGUGGAGCCUCCCCCCCUGGCCGCAUCGCCUGUGGUUCGCCUCCCCCCGCAUCUACGACUCCCCCCUCAUGCACCCGCCCACAGAUCCGCCGCCCAACGCGGUGGAGGGGGGUGCUGGGGGAAAGGGGGAAGAGAAGGACAAGGGGAAGGUAAGGGAGAGCAGCAGCACUGAGGCCCCUGUUGCUGCUGCUGCUGCUGCUGCCGCUGCGGCUGCUGGUGGUGUUGGUGGGCGGCGACUGCUCAGCUCUGAUGUGCAUGGCGCUGGUGGUGCUGCUCAUGGCGGGGAAGGAGGGGGAGGGGGAGGAGAGGGAGGAGGGGAAGGGGGAGGAGGAGAGGGAGGAGGGGAAGGGGGAGGAGGAGGAGAGGGAGGAGGGGAAGGGGGAGGAGGAGGAGAGGGAGGGGGAAGUGAGGCAGACAGGACUGAGAGAGCAGCGGCAGGGCAGGAGGGGGAGGAGGGCGACAUGCGCAAGGCGCUGAAGGCGGAGCAGCAGAAGUCACUCAUGAACGCAGCAACAUCGCAGUACAGCAAGCGGCAGGGCACGGCGCUCGCAGCACUGUCGCCGCGGCAGAAGCGCAUGAACAUGGAGAGCCGGCGCUGGGGCACCCGCCUGGCGCACUACGAGUCGCUGUUCCUGGGCGACCUGCUGGGCUACCAGGGCCGGCGGAAGCACCGCGAGGGCGCUGAGGGGGACGGUGGGGAGGCCAAGGGGGAGAAGAGCGAGGAGAAGGGGAGGAGCAAGGAGGAGAGCAGGCCGGGGAAGGUGCGGAACGUGCUGGACAUGAAUGCGGGGGUGGGGUCGUUUGCGGCGGCGCUGCAGGGGAGGGAGGAGGACGGGGAGGAGCGAGUGUGGGUGAUGAACGUGGUGCCGCUGAGCAGUAGACUCAACACCCUGGCAGCCGUGUUUGACCGCGGGCUCGUGGGCACGCUGCAUGACUGGUGUGAGGCGUUCUCGUCGUACCCACGCGCAUACGACCUCGUGCAUUGGCAAGGCGUCUCCUCCUCCUUCCACCCGGACCGAUGUGAUAUAGAUGACGUGAUUAUAGAGGUGGACCGGCUUUUGAGACCAGGAGGCACAGUGAUUAUAAGAGACCUGCCGGCCGUGCUGGAGGGCGUGCAGAGGGCUGCGAGGGCAGCACACUGGAACGUGACGGCCCACCCACCAGAGAAGGGCAGCAGCAGAGAGCACCUGGUGGUGGCUCGUAAACCGCUGUGGAAGGUGGAUGCACGGGGGAUGAUACCAGGUGCUGAAGCCGUGCCUUGGGUGCGGGCUGGCAGGGAUGCAGGAAGCAUCCAUGGGCGCGGAUGGGCGCUCUCCAUGCUUCCGCCGCUCCUUGAAUCGGCGCGCUAUGAAUCAGCGCAGCGGAGCCCGGCGAGUUCCACUCGCGCAGGAUCAUGCCUCCCUCGCAGAUUCGCGUGCCGACGGGGGGUUCUCAGCAACCAGUCGAAGAUAGCGCUGCGCGCGUCGUGUGACCGCCUGGCAGGCGGAAGAGUUGGUUGGGGUACAGACUAUGCUCGCACCGCCGCGGCAGUACCUCGCUGCCGCUCCGGUAAUCGCGGCGCCGUGGCUCCCCGCGCGGGAUUGGGGGAUGGUGUGGGGAGUGGUGCGGCGGAGACCAGCAGGGGAGGCGGGUCGUAUUUGGAGGGCGCGAUACUGUUCUGGCGCGAUGCACGGUCCGCCUACUCCGCGGAUGCGCUGGGCGUGGAGAUGGCGGCGAUCGCGCUGCCGGCGCUGCUGGCGCUCGCCGCCGAGCCCGUCGCGUCGCUCGUUGAUACGUUCUACAUCGGGCAGAUGGGCGCGGAGGAGCUGGGGGGGGUGGGGGUGGCGGUGGCGGUGGUGGGCGUGGUGUCCAAGGUGCUCAACGUGCCGCUGCUCAACAUCACCACGUCCUUCGUCGCCAUGGACCAACACCUCCUCAAUCACCCACCGCACCAACACCUCCUCAAUCACCCACCGCACCAACGCCACGUGCAACAUCACCCGCAGCAGCUACACGGCUCGCCCUCACUAUCAUCCGCCUCCUCUACCUCUGCCGCCUCCCCCCCGCCCGCGUCCAAGCCCGUGGUGCCGUCGGUGUCAGCGGCGCUGCUCAUGGCCGUGGUGCUCGGCGCAUUAGAGGCGCUGCUGCUGGCGGUGGCGGCGGCGCCGCUGCUGGGGGUGAUGGGCGUGGGGCCCUUAUCCCCCAUGCAUGCGCCCGCGCUGCAGUACCUGCAGGUGAGGGCGGCGGGGUCGCCCGCGGUGGUGCUGUUCCUCACGGCGCAGGGCGUCUUCCGCGGCCUCAAGGACACGCUCACGCCCCUCGCUGCCUCCGGUGAGCCCCUCGCUGCCUCCGUGAGCGGCAACGUGGUGAACAUCCUGCUGGACCCGCUGCUCAUCUUCUCCUGCGGGCUCGGCGUGUCCGGCGCUGCAGCGGCCACGGUGGCAGCACAGUACGGCAUGGCGGGGUGGCUGCUGCUGCGACUGAGUGCCACAGUGCACCUCAUCCCGCCCUCGCUCUCCCUCCUCUCCUUCCACCGCUUCUUCAAGUCCGGAGGGCUGCUACUGGGGCGAACGGUGGCGCUGUUGGGGGCGAUGGCGGUGGGGACGAGCAUGGCGGCGAGGCAGGGGGCGGUGCCCAUGGCGGCACACCAGCUCGCUCUGCAGCUCUGCCUCGCCGCCUCCCUCCUCUCUGACUCCGUUGCCCUCGCUGCUCAGACCCUAUUGGCAUCAGCCUUUGCACGCAACGACACGGCCAUGGUGCGAGCCAUCAUGCUGCGAUCGCUGCAGAUAGGGCUGGGCAUGGGGGCGGUGAUGGGGGUGGUGCUCUCACUGUCAGCGCAGCUGCUGCCAGCGCUCUUCACCUCGGAUGACCGUGUGCUGCUGCAGGCUGUCGCCCUCAUGCCCUUUGCAGCGGCCAUGCAGCCCCUGGCGAGCAUGGCGUUUGUGUUUGACGGGCUGCACUACGGCGCCACCGACUUCGCCUUCGCUGCCCUCGCCAUGAUGGCGCUGGCGCCAGCAGCAGCGGCGGUGCUGGUGUAUGCGCCGAGCGAGUGGGGCGUGGAGGGUGUGUGGAUAGGCCUCUCUCUCCUCAUGGCCGCCCGCAUGUUCGCCGGCUUUCUCAGUGAGCUCGGAUUGUUCGGGUCGGAGGUAUCUGGGAUGGCGGACGCGGGAAGUGCCACCGCGCGAUCGCCGGCGGAAGAGGCGGGAGUGGAGCAAGACAUGGCGCGACUCGCGGUGGCGGAUGCGACAGACGGGAAGCCCGCAGGCGGCGGUGCUGACGUGGAUGAUUUGGAUGACGUGGAGCAGACGGAGGUGGUACUAUUCCACCUCAAGGAGUGCUACGUGUACAAGGUGCGCACCGUCACCCAUCCUCCUUCCCGCUUCCGCGCAUUUAUGAUUCGUGCGGUGGCUCUGCGCUCAGGCGAGUCGCGAGCAGGCGGCACCACCGCAUGGCGUAACGCAACAGCGUCGUACAGGUGCGCGCACCCUCCCUCACUCCCCUCCCUCCCCUCACUCCCACUCCUCGCACUCUUCUCGCUCCCCUCACUCCAGGCGGACGAGUGGGACAUAAACAGGUGGGCGUGGGAGGGCGCCAUCAGCGUGGUGUCGCGCGGCGACCACUGCAGCAUCCGCCUGCUCGACGCCGCCUCGGGGGACCUCUUCGCGCACGCGCCCGUGCGGCCCAACCACCCGCUGCCCCUGGAGGCCGUCAUCGACAGCAGCCGCUUCUUCGUGCUGCGCAUCGAAGACUCCUCCCCGCCCCCUCCCUCUACUGCCUCUGCAGCCUCUGCCUCCUCUGCUUCCUCUAGCAAGGCUGGGAAGCCCGCUGCGGCGGCGGCACCGGUGGUGAGGCAUGCGUUCAUAGGGUUGGGGUUCCGGGAGCGCACGGCGGCGUAUGACUUCCAGGCGGCGGUGUACGACCAUGUCAAGUACGUGCACAAGCAGCAGGAGGCGCGCCGCAUGGGACAGGCGUUUGAGUCGCGGCCCGCUGCGGACUACCGCCUCAAGGAGGGGCAGAAGCUGCACCUCGACAUCAAAACG